AUGUCAACCCCAAACUAUUCAGAGCAACUAGAUGCAUAUUUGAAAAAUAAAAAUGUAAAGAUUUUUGAUUAUUCACAAUUUAAAGACCUUGUUCGAAUUGGCUCUGGUUCAUUUGGAACUGUGUAUUCGGCCACUUUCCAAGGUGUGGUGUACGCGUUAAAAAGUAUGAAAAAUAAUUUGAAACUAGAAGAAAAAGAAUUUAAAAACUUUAAACAUGAGCUUAAAACUUUUUACAGGGCCAAUAACCAUCCAAACGUUAUAAAAUUCUAUGGAAUCGCAAAAGAGGUCGAUAAUUUUAUGUUGAUAUUACAACUUGCUGACGGUGGAAAUCUACAAGAUUAUUUAUUUAAAAAACAAAUUGACAAUACUUAUAAAAUUUCGUGGUCUGAACUUAUACAAUUUGCAAUUGAUAUCACUAAAGGAUUGAGAGAAAUGCCAAUUUCCAACACACCUUCUGAUUACUCUAAUAUUUAUCAAAGGUGUUGGUCCUCUGAACCGUCCCAACGUCCAUCUACAGAUGAAAUAUUAGACGUUCUUAAAACUUCUAAAAAGAUUGAUGACUUUUAUUUAGAAAAUAAGGUUGACAAUUCAUUAGAAGAGAUAUUGAAUAUUUUUGUUACUUUGACAAAUAAUGGAUCUGAUUUUUUGCAAAUUUCAAAAUCAAUUAAAGAAACUAUCAACGAACAGCAAGAAUCUUUAAUAAUUGAAGAAACCAUUAGCAAACAGCUUAAUUCUUUAUAUGAUAAUAGUAAUGAUAGCUCUGAAUUCCUAUGUCUUCUUGGUUACUUUUAUCUUGAAGGAAUUGGUACUAAAAAAGAUCAAAAGGUUGCAUUCAGUACGUUCCAACAAGCGGCAAAUGAAAAUGUAACAGCAAAAUUUUACCUUGGUGAAUGCUUCAGGCGCGGUUAUGGAACUACAAAAAAUCUAAAAAAUUCUAUAUUAUGGUAUAAAAAAGCGGCAGAAGAUAAACAUGCAAGAUCUGCAAAUGCUUUAGGUCUUUGUUAUAUGAAAAGAAAUUGUUUUGAGUUCGGAAGAGGUACAAAGACAGAUAAGGAAAUGGCAUUUAGAUAUUAUCAUGAAGCUGCUGAUCAUAGCAUUCCAUUUGGUCAAUAUAAUAUUGCUGAAUGUUAUAGAAAAGGAACAGGGGUAGUCAAAAAUUUACAAUCAGCAAAUGAUUGGUAUAAAAAGGCAGCUGACAAUGGUUAUGAAGAUGCUACUAGUAUGUUAAGUAAACUAGGUUAA